GAGCGGACGUAGUAGCACGGACAUAUUGUAAACAAGCAUUUUGUGAACAAUAUUAUUUAACUUCUGUGUACAACUAUUUGAAAGAAAUUAUUUAUGUGGUUUGUCUUUAAUAUCCGGUGAACCUUUUUACCUUUUGAGGACGACUCGGUCCGUUGAAAAGUCAGUUAUGACAUAGCAUCUUAGCUAGCUGGGAGCGUUAGCCCAGGCAGUCGCGUACCAUGGAUGCGCUGAGCAUAGUAACGGAUGAAGUGGCUUUGGAGGGACUGGACGGGAUAACUAUCCCCAGUCUCUGGAUACGACUUAAAAAUGCGCAGCCCAAGUUUCCCCUUAAACUCGACAGCUAUACCAAAGAGUUUAUCUGGAAGUCUCUAGUGAACAACACCGAGCUGAGUUUCUAUGAGCUCCCACAGGAAAGAGAGGAUGUGAAGAUCUUGGACAGGUUUAGGGGCAUUGACCCAGAAACAGGCACUGACACAAGAGACUUGAGUCCUGAUGAACUUAAAGAUGUCUAUCCCAUCCAUGUCAUUCCUGAGAACAAGGAUGGGAUUCAGGGCUCUUGUGUCUUUUUCAAAGAGAGAAAAGACAUCACAAAGCAAAUCCGAUCCAAGUCCCUCACCCCGUUGGUUGGCAUGGAGGAAGCUUUGCAAAAGUAUGGGCAAAAACUCGUUGUAGUGGCGUCUCAGGCUUUGCGAUUUCAAACCCUGAUCGGCAUUGAGAGUGAUCCCGACUUAAAACUCAGCAGUGACUCUUACUGUGUUCUGGAAAGAGUGGGCCGGGCGCGGUGGCAAGGGGAGUUACAACGGGAUCUUCACGGGGGCCUUUUCAAGGUGGACGCUCGGAAAUUUCACUACUUGAGGAAAUCUCUGGUCAAACACGAGCUGGUCACCACACAGCCUUACAUCAGACGACCGAAGGCGGGACAGCAGCAGCACACUAUCCUUCUCCUUCUGAAACGCUUCCAUGCAAACAGGCGAGGCAUGUAUGAGGUGCUGAUGGAACAGGUGUCCAACUUCCUCAAGCAGGUACCGUGCCAUUUCACCACCGUGGACAUACUCAGAGAACACCUUAAUCUGAAUGAUAUUGUGUUCAAACGGCUAUGUAAACACAUGCGAGCUAGCAACUUGACAGAGUUUUUCCAGUAUCCCUUGGAGGACUUGGACCCCAGCGCUGGACCGUGCACCAACAAAAAUGUACUGUCAUCAGGUACAAAGGGAAUUCCACAGAGGGCCAUCUCACAAAAAAUGAAUGUCGGUAAACUGGAGUCUCGAAUGAUCUGGCGAAAACUGGAGAGGACUGGUUUUAUUAAGGGAUUUAUGGAGGAUGAGGGUCGGCAGAGGACUACUAAAUUUAUCAGCCACAGGUGUGUGGGAGUCAGUGAUCAACUCCAGCUGGUUGCUAAAGAGCAGGAGCGGAAGAAACAGCUGUCCUCCUCUGCACCUGAAAUAUCAGAGGCCGACCCCGGCACCUCGAACACACCACCGUCCUCCAAGUUGCCGGCCAAUAAAAAGAGCAAAACCCCAGCUGACAAGAUGAGCCAGAAAUCAGGUGUGGAUGAAAACAAGCAAAAAGAGAUGUGUGAUGAUGGAGGAGAGGAUCAAGGGUCGGGUGAUAAAAAAGGAAAAGGAAAGUCGAGAGCGCAAAGAAAGGCAUCGACAGAAGGAGCCAAUGAGAGCACAGAGCAGCCAGAAGCCGUGGUUCCCACCACACAACCUCCACCAGCUGAAUGUGAAACUCCAGCCUGCAGUGGACUAGAGACCAGUGCGGCAUCUGAGUCUGGGGACGUUCCUGCUCCAGAUCAAGCCGUGGUGAAAGAGCAGGAGUUAUCCAACUCCCCUCGUUCCAGUCCUCUGCCUCCGAGUGAGGGUUUAGACAGAACUGACAGCCCGACUGACAACAACAUUGUGGUUGUAGAUAGUGCUUUCCACCCACAGAGGUGUCAUGAGACGUACCGCCACCUGAAGAGGAAGAACCUGAUUGUUGAGGCUGUGCAAAAGUUUAAAAUCAUAGAUGGCCUUUUCCCGCUUCAAAAGAUCAUCGGUGAAGAAGAGAAGCAGGAUGGGUUCAGUUCGAAGUGUUGCAAGAAGACUAUUUUACGUCUCGUUCACACUCUGUCUAAAGAGGGCUUGCUUAAGAUGUACACGACCACUGUCAUACAGGAUGGGAUCACCAAAAAGGUUGACAUGGUAGUUCAUCCAUCCAUUGAGCCCAGCGAUGAAAGAGUUACUCAACUUAUUGAGCAAGUCCGGUUCAAAAUCUCCAGCUCCUACUCUGCUGUACGACAGCAGCAAGCUGAGGAGAAAGCAAGAGAACAGAGAAAUGAUCUGAAGAGUUGCAUGUCACAGAGGAGCAGGGGUUUAAAAAAAAAUGGUGAUGAUGAAGAUGACAUCGACUUCAAGCCCACACCAGUUCGAGGGCUGGGUAAAAUACUGGGCUUCCAACCCAAAAUGUGUCGUCUGCGUGUCGUGCAUGGCUUCCUCUGGUACCUUAUCUAUGGGCACCCGCUCCAAGGCAAGUUCACAGAUCCAGCCAGUCAAAUGCCAACAGACCCAAACAGCCCCAGCUGUGACGCCACACACCCAGACGGCCAAGAAAGACAGGACCCCAGUGAUAAAGAAAGCUCGAAUGUGUCAAACUUGGUUGAGGCAUCAGCUUAUGAGGAAGAGCUGCUGAAUGACAAAUCAAAACCUGGUCUGUCUGAGCCUGAUAUAAAAGUGUAUGCUGAUGAGGACACGUGGAAGAGAUUUGUCCCUCCUGUUCGCGUACAUAAGGACUUCACCAGUGGCUGGGCCAUGGUUGGCGACCUGCUCCUCUGCUUGCCUCUUUCCACUUUCAUGCAGUUCACACAGAUCAAUUAUAAGGUAGAUGAGCUGGAGGACUAUCUCAAUGACCCUGUGAAGCAACACUAUCUUGUCAGAGCACUGCCUUGGAAAAUGAAGAGACAACUCCUUUAUAAAAGGAAAUACAUUCACUCUUUUCACGAGAACCUUCAGAAGUUGGCCUACAUGGGUCUGCUGCAGUUUGGAGUUGUUGAAAAGUUCAAAGAGAAAGAUCAGGUGUUUGUGUAUCUGAAGCGCAACGCCACGAUUGUUGACACCACCAACACUGAGCCUCACUAUUGGCUGGUCUCGGAGUCUCCCGACCAGCCAUUUGAGAGGCGCAAGUACACAUUCGACACUGCCAAAGACGUGGAGACCUACUGGUUUGACCUGAUGUGUGUCUGCCUCAAUACACCGCUUGGUAUAAUUCGUAAUAAGAGGUAUUUGACAGAUGAUGAAGUUCCUUCGUUUGUUCAUGAACCCACUGUGUUUGCUGGAAUGGCCCACAUGCUAAAGGGCAGUUAUGAGGUGUGUGAUGAUGGGUCGAUACCAGGAGACGGUAAAGGAGCAGGAGGCCUGGACUCUGAAUUUUUUGGUCAUCUUAAACGCAACUGGUAUUGGACCAAUCACCUACUGGCUUGUAAAACGAGGCCAGCUGAUCCCGAGACACCCCAGGCCAAGGUCAGACUGAAGAGCCUCCUCGGUAGAAACGCUCUCAGAAUUGCUCUUCAAGCUGGAGAAAGCACUUCACCGCGUUAUUUGACCAACAAGCGUUCCCUGAUGGCAGAAAAAGUGCAGGUGGGUGUGGAGCCGGCCUCAAGAAACCAGCAGGUUGUUGGAGGAAAGGGACAGAAGCGAAAGAGAAGUAAAAGAGAGGUAGUCAGGAGCUCACGCAGGAAGAGAAAAGAGCCUAAAAAACGCACACCUGCCCAUGACGAGGCCGACCACCGGGCUUUAAAAAUGAUGACCAAACAGAGAGUGUGCUGGUCUGUACAGGAGGACUCACUGAUGAUGCUCUGCUCUAUUGCCUCAUACAUGCUCAACAGCAAAUUACCCCGACCGUUCAUACCUCACUGUGUGGUAAGAGAUUUGCUGCACGCCGAGUAUGAGAUAUCGGUAGACAAAACAUCCCUUUCCGUCGGACGUCGCUCCAGAUAUAUCCUCAAAAAUCCUCAGACGCUCCUAAACUACAGGAUCUGUCUGGCUGAGGUGUACCAGGACAAAGCUCUGAUAAAGCUGCUGGAGGAGAAGAAACCCGCUGACCCUAAUAAAGCCGAGGACUGUGCCAAUACGUUCUCCGAGUACGUCAGGCUCCUCAGACAGAAGUUCAGCUCUGUCCUGACCACUCAUGACGUGAACAUGCUGGACUCUAAACAGGAGCUCUUCUCUCGGUACAAGGUGUGCGUAAUAGAUAAUGGCAGAGAGGCCACCUGGAAAGACACUCUCAACAGCACAGAUGACAUUCAUACCAUUGUGUUGCAUAACCUAAUCCAGAGCACUCUGGCCAUGACCAACAAUCAGAUGAAAUCCUCCACAUCCUUUCAGACUUUCCACACAUACUGUAGGUAUGAUCAGGAGCUGCUGUGCAAAGUGUUCAUCCAGUGCAGGAGGAAGCGAUUGGUCAACCGCCGGCGCGUCAACCAGUCAUUUGGGCCAAAGAAGAAUCGAGCGCUGCCCAUUUUACCCAUGUCCUUCCAGCUGUCCCAGUCCUACUACAGGGUGUUUUCUUGGCGUUUUCCUCUGUCAUUGUGCACCGAUUCCUUCCGCUUCUUAAGGAGCUUAAUCACCAAUGGGACGGGGGAUGAAAGGCCUGUCACUACCUUCUACCAUGAAACUGGAAUCCGGUCGCAGAAAGACGGGUUGAUGUUGCGGGAGGAGAAAAAAGAGUCGGUGAGAAAAGAAAAGAAGAAUGGAAAAAAAGAAGAUGGCAGACAAGGAGGUGAGCUGCAGAUGCAGCCUGAAGCUCCAAAUAUUCAUCCCACGAAGGAAGGAGAAAACAUCCAGAGUGAAAGGGCAGGAGAAGAGAAGUCAAUGGAGUCAAAGGCGAACGAUGACAAAACCGAGGAGAGGAGCACGUCAGAACAACGCAAGAACCCAGAAUAUUCCCUCACAUCUGAAUCAAAUGAGGCUUCAGUAGAGGAUCAACCAAACGAAGAGCCAACGGAAGCGCCAGCCACUUCAGCCACAGCUUCUCGAGCUUCAGAGGACCCUCCAGAUGUGUCGGACAUGCUGCAGUUCUCCCUGAACCAUCCGGGAGGAGCCUGCGCCGCGUCUCUUAGCCUGAUGACUCUGGGACUGCUGAACGUUUUCAUCUCCAUCCCCAAACAGAUCGUGGUGGUGGACAGUAGCCUGGUGGACAACGACGUGGCAAAGAGUAUGGCUGCAUUAGAAGAAGAUGACGAUGAUGAUGAUGGCGUGGAGUGCGAGGGGAAAAAACGUGUCCAAGUCACGUCGCACCAAGCUUCCCACACCAACUAUUUGAUAAUGAGAGGAUACAGCUCUCCGGGCAUCAUGAAAAUGCGCAACCUCAGCAACAAUGACAACAUCGUUUUGGAGUCGUGCAUCAUGAGUUUGCAGCUGCGCAGCACGCCCGCUCACCAGGUCUUCAGCGAGGACAACUCUCCGCCGCUGGAGUUGACCAAAUGUGGCCCUUCCCUGCUGCCCCCCACCCUCACCUGUUACAUCCGCUCCCCCUGCUCUCCUCCGCUGAGCGUGGAGGAGUGCGACGGCCUUUUGAUGCAGCAAAAGGGCUACACCGCUCGGGACGUAGAGGCGUGUGCCCGGCUCAGGAGGAGCUUGGAUGAGGCUGGUGAGAGCGGUUUGGACGAGCAGCGCCUCCACGUGGCUCAUUCCGACCUGCUGGAGCCUCAGCCCGGACACACCGGCACCCUGCAGCAGUAUCUGAAGGAUCUCCAAGAAGAAGGCCAUGUGGUGCGGGUUGGGAGUCUGGGUGUUCGCUGGGUGCUCAUGCGGCACGCUGAACCCUGGCUGCUGACUGUAAGCCCCAAGCAGUCGUCUCGCUCUUACCCAACUUCAGGGAAAUCUCCCUUUCUGAAGAGUCGGCACAACAUCCCUUUCAUGCGCAAGAGGAACAGCCGAGAAGCGAGUCGGGGGACGGAGGAACCGCCUGCAAAAAAGCCGGCCGAGGGCGCCGGCGUAGAGGGUGCGAGCGGCUCGUCGGGCAAUCUGACAGAGACGCUAAAUGAGGAAGAACUGCGGGUAGAGCCAAAAGAGAGGAACGAUGAGGAAAACAAAAGCGAGCGUCUGAAUUCGCAAGAGGAGGGGAGUGUGCGGACACAGCCUGAGAAGGAAGGGGAAGGAGAGGUACAGGGUGAAACUGACCAAAGGCAGCAUCAGAAAAGGGAGCUGAGGCCCAGGAAAAGUAGCACGGAUGAAGAAAGACACGCCGAGGCUUGUUCUCCACCGACGGCAUCGGCUGAUGAGGAGGAAAGCUUGAGUUUCAUCAGCCGGCCGUGGCGCCUGGUGGAUGGCAAGCUGAACCGGCCGGUGUGCAAAGGCAUGCUGGAGGCGCUGCUUUGCCACGUCAUGUCCCGGCCGGGCCUUACACAACAGAGUCUGGUGGAGCAUUACAAAGACGUGCUGCAGCCAGUAGCCGUCCUGGACCUCAUGCAGGUACUUCUAGACUUGGGCUGCGUGACUAAGAAAACGUUGGUUAAGGAUCCUAAGCCCUCGCUGUUCUCUCGCUGGGAGCAGAAAAGCAGAGGCGAGACAGCUGUGAAGGUGGAGCAGCCCGACACGGUGUUUUACGAACCCACCAUCAGCGGUUGCUUGAGACUCUGUCAGGUGUUGCCCAACGAACGGCACUGGAACGACUUCAUACCAUGAAAGUAUUCGUCAGGGUCGCACUGACUGAGCUCUACUCCUCUUUUUUUUUAACCCCAAGGGUUUAAGUAAGACGUAUCAAACAUCCGGCUCACGCGAUGCUUAAAAAAUGAAUGACUCCUUACCAACAUCUCUUUGUUGUUUGUACAUUUCUUUCUUUUGAUUUUUAUUUUAAGCACUCAGAUGUUCUGUGUUCUAUUUGAAUGACUAGAUAGUCUGUUGUUUUACAUUUUGAAUAUUAAAUAAAGGUACAAUUUUG